AUGGAGCCGCCCGAGGGCUGGGACCCGUACGGGCGGCCGGCCCGGCGGACGCAGUGGCUGGUGAGCGCCCUGGCCUACCACUACGGGCUGGACCGCGGCGUGGAGAACGAGAUCGUGGUGCUGGCCACCGGCCUGGACCAGUACCUGCAGGAGAUCUUCCACCACCUGGACUGCGCCGGGGAGGGCCGCAUCCCCGGCGAGGAUUUCCGCACGCUGUGCCAGGUGCUGGGGCUGGGCGAGGAGGCGGCGGCCGACCCCGAGGAGCGCCUGGCGCUGCGGGAGGGCCUGGCGGCCGAGCUCACCUUCCGCCAGUUCCACGCCCGGCUCUGCGGCUACUUCAGCACCCGGGCGGGCAGCGCCCCGCGCCGCGCCGUGCCGCGCCUGCCGCUGGGCCGGGAGAGCGAGCACAUCGAGACCCAGAUCCGGCUGCGCAGCCCCCGCCGCCGCCGCCGGGACGCGGCCGGGCACGGCUCGGCGGGGCGGCGGGGGGGCGGCGGGGAGGCGGAGCGGCGGCCGGCGGCGCCCUGCUCGCGGGAGUGCUACGAGGAGAUCGUGGCGCUGGAGCAGGCCGAGGACCGCAUCGCCAAGCUGGAGGAGGAGAACGGCAACCUGCGGGAGCUGGUGGAGGAUAUGCGGGCAGCCCUGCAGAGCAGCGACGCCCGCUGCCUGGCCCUGCAGGUAGGACUGCGGAAAAGCCACGCUAACCAUAAAGAAGAGGGGACCUGUUUUAUAGAGAGUAAGAGACAGUUAACACAGGACAACUCCCAGACCAAGUACCUUCAAAGUGUCCUGAAAGAAGUGGAACUCAUCCGGAGCUCCAGGGAUGGGCAAAUUGAAGAAGCAAUUAGGUUCAACCAAGAACUGGAACGAGAGCUGAAGAGCUCUCAGGAAGCAUUAGUCAAUCUGGAAGACUGCAACCGUAACCUGAAGAGGGAACAAGCAGAAAUGAGGAAGAAGGUUGAAGAGGCCAGACAUGCAGUCCUUAACAGUCUGGGCAAAGUGAAGGAGCUAGAAGUGAAGGCUAACGAAGUGCCACACUUGCAAAUAUACAUUCAGCAGCUAGAAUCGGAACUGCAGCACUAUAGAUCAGAAAUUGUGAAAUUUCAGCUUCCCUCAGGAAGCAGCCCAGAGGAGAAAGAUGCAGCAGCUUCACCAGAUGGAAGAUACUGCUUAUCUGUUGUGCAGCAAGAUCGAAUAUCUCCCACUGGCGGAGCUGGGAUUUCCGAGAACGCAGAUGACCAGCUGUUCCGCUCUGUGGAGGGCCAGGCUGCCUCUGAUGAAGAGGAGGAGAAGUGGGCAGGAGACCAGCAAUCCCAGGUGGCCCAGGUGAAGAAAAUACUGGCCAAGCUCCCUUGCUGUGGCAGCGGAUGUGAUGAAAAACUGCAGAAGAAGUUGAUGUCGUACUUGGAGAUCACUGAUGCUGAUGGCUCUGAAACAGCCCCUGCAGAGCUGGAGGAGAGAAACACACAGCUAACUGAGCAGCUGGAGCUUAAGGGACACGAAGUGAAAAAACUGGAAACAAACAUGGAAGAGAUGAAAGGCCCAUUGCUAACUGAACUGCAGCAAAAGGUGGAGGAGACCGAAAUGCUGAAGAUGGAGCUACAGAUGUUGGAGACUGAGAGAGUUAGGCUGUCGCUGGUGGAAGAAAAGCUCAUGGAUGUUUUGCAGCUUCUUCAACAGCUUCGAGACUUGAACAUAUCUAAACGAGCCUUGGGGAAAAUCCUGCUGAGCACUUUGGAAUCCUGUCGUGACCCCCAGCACGGAAAAGCCCACCUAUUUGAAGUCCUAGAUACUCUCUACCAGGAGCUGACAGCCUGUGAACUCCUACAAAGCCAGCCCCUGGAGAAGGCGCAGAGUUGCCAGUCCUUGUCCAAUCCACUGGUCAUCUCAUGCUGA